AUGAGUGACCGCUCAAGAAUUCCCAGUUUGCCUGACGAUAUCGUCAACUCCAUCCUCAUAAAGCUACCUGUCACAUCUCUUUUACGGUUCAAAUGUAUAUGCAAAUCAUGGCGUUUCUCCAUCAGUAACCCUAACUUCAUCAAGUUGCAUUUACAUGAAUCGUCUGCCAAUAUAAGUCGUCAAAAACUUUUCUUUGUUUCUUUUAGAAAUAUCUUCAGGUCAAAUGCUAAAUUCCAAUUUCAUGAAGCAUUACUUGGUGUUGAUUCCAAAGUUUUGUUGGUGAACCCGCCCUUCCCAGAAUUCUGCCAUAGUCUUUUUUCUGAUUUUGAGGUGCAUUCAUGCAAUGGUUUGGUACUUAUGAAAACUGAGAUCAAUAUGAUCUUAUGGAAUCCUGCAAUUCGAAAAUACAAAUUGUUACCCAAGCCUGAUGAUAAGUUGCUACCGUGGUAUGACGACGCACUAUUUGAUUUUGCCUAUGAUUUAGUGGCUGAUGAUUACAAGGUAGUAUGUGUAAAAUUAAGAAAAUAUCAGCGUGACAUGAUUGCUGGAAUAUUCUCAAUUAAUAACCACUCUUGGAAAAGGAUUGAUAAUAUUCCUAUUCCCCGUGGUUUUCAGUUGUUCUACCAAGAUCUUGUUUCAUUAAAUGGUACAAUUAACAUUAUGGCCGCUUCAAACAUAGGAAAUUACAAGCAAGAUUCUGAAUACUUGGUCAUAUCCUUAUACUUAGCAAAUGAAAAAUUCGCUAUAACGCCAGUUCCAGGUAAGCAUAAGUAUAAACUGAAAUUACGUGCUUUUGCUAAUCGUAUUUGCAUUUCCUGGAUGGUCGGAGGGAAAAUUUCAAUUUGGGCAUUAAAGGAAGAUGGGAAAACUGGCUUGACAUGGAAUAACAUCAUGAACAUUCCAACUUUGGGAUCAUUGAUUGGAAAGCCCACGUGGGGUGACUUCAUAUUUCUCAAGGCGAACGGGAAUAUACUAUACAAAAUGGUUGAUAAUGAUGGUUAUUAUUUGAUCGAGUACAAUGUGCGGAAAGAUGAAGCCACAGAGUAUUGCCUGGACGAACUUCCGAUGAAAGGAAUUCGCGGAGUUUCACUUUUGCACGUCGAAAGUUUAGUUUCCUCGGCAAUUCUUUGGGACUAG